UAAGCAAAAUUUUAUACCUCUCUCCAUCUCUCAUCUUUGUUCUCAGGCCCCUCACCGUUCCCCAACCAACAAACUCCUCCCUCAAUGAUGCCAGGGGCAGUGCCAGGCAGCGGGCACCCAGGCGUGGCGGGUAAUGCUCCUUUGGGUUUGCCUUUUGGCAUGCCGCCUCCUCCUCCUCCUCCUGCUCCAUCCAUCAUCCCAUUUGGUAGUCUAGCUGACUCCAUCAGUAUUAACCUUCCCCCUCCUCCUAACCUGCAUGGGCAUCACCACCAUCUCCCGUUCGCCCCGGGCACUCUCCCCCCACCUAACCUGCCUGUGUCCAUGGCGAACCCUCUACAUCCUAACCUGCCGGCGACCACCACCAUGCCAUCUUCCUUGCCUCUCGGGCCGGGGCUCGGAUCCGCCGCAGCCCAAAGCCCUGCCAUUGUGGCAGCUGUUCAGGGCAACCUCCUGCCCAGUGCCAGCCCACUGCCAGACCCAGGCACCCCCCUGCCUCCAGACCCCACAGCCCCGAGCCCAGGCACGGUCACCCCUGUGCCACCUCCACAGUGAGGAGCCAGCCAGACAUCUCUUCCCCUCACCCCCUCUGGAGAUCAUGGUUCCAGGAACAGCCCUUUCCCAACCACUGGGACCCUCCCCAGCCCGGAGAGUACAUCACUACGUAAGGAAAGCUCCUUCCGCCCCUCCAAAGCCCUCACCAUGCCCAACAGAGGCGUGCAUUUUUAUAUCAGAUUAUUCAAGGACUUCGGUUUAAAAGAUAUUUCUAACAUCUGGGAGAGAGGAUAGGAUAGGAUAGCUGCCCUAAAGGAAGGGCUGGUGAAAGGUGUUUAUACAAGGUUCUCAUUAACCACUUCUAAGGGUACACCUCCCUAGAAACUACUGCAUUUUCUAUGGAUCAAAAAAAAAUUAAUCCCUUUAAAAGGAAGUAGAUUUUAAAAAGCCACAUUGGAGCUCCCUUUUACCCACUAAAAAAUAACCAGCUUUUACAUUUUUUGAGGGGGAGUGAGUUUUAGGAAAGGGGAAUUAAGGUUCCAGGGAGAGCUCUGGGGAUAGAACAGGGUGCAGAAUCUAUCUCUUCCCAAGCCCCUUUUUAGUGACUGUGUCAAGGCCCCAGCUCCCCUCCCCCACCCCACUCCACGCUUAUUCGUACUAAUAACCCCUCCUUCGGCUUCCUCAUUGUUGCUGUUUUAGGCCACCCCAGCUCAGCCAAUGAUUCCUUUCCCUCUGAAUGUCAGUUUUGUUUUGUUUUUAAAAGUCACCUGCUUAGUUGA